GACUGGGACAGGCACUAGAGACAGGCACUAUAAAAGAUGAAAAAUAAGGGAGAAUAGAAAACCCACAUCCUAUAAUCAUCACUUGCUCUGGCAGACAGUAGCUUCUCUAAACACUGAAUAUAAGCUGAACAUACAUAAAUCUAAGAGGGAUAUUCGGGGAGCAGUCAAGAGGAUUUUCACAAAGUUCACAAUCUAAAUGUGCUUCUGGAACAAUGGAGUCUCCAGAGUUUUCCAUGCUGUCUUCCUUGAGGGGAGAGUUUAAGUCAGAGGAUUACAUCCAGCCCCACUACAAGGAGUCAUAUCGCCUGGCAAUUGACCGUCUGGUGAGUGGCGGCAGAGACAGUUACCAGGAGUUCCUCAAGGGAGAACGUAUUGGGAGCUUCCUCUCGGAAGAUGAGCUUCUCUUCAUCACAGAAAAUGUAGAACAGCUCCCACUUCAAAACCACACAGAGGAAAUCAAUGGUCCACCGGACAACCAAUCAUCCUCAGGGACCUACUGGCCCAUCCACUCGGAUGUGGUCACGCCAGAUUUGGACUUAGGGUGGCCAGAGGUAAUGCAUGAACAGCUACAGACAAGUGUAGAUAUGCUCUUUCAUCCGCCAAGACAAAACAACCCCACCAUCAAAGAGGUGAUACGGAAGCAUAUUCAGGAUGCAAGACAGGUCAUUGCCAUUGUGAUGGACACAUUCACAGAUGUCGAUAUAUUCAGAGAAAUUGUUGACGCCUCUAUAAGAGGAGUCCCAGUCUAUGUGCUUUUGGAUGAUUUCAAUUUGAAAAGUUUCCUCACAAUGGCUGAAAACCAAGAUGUAAAAAUUCAGCAACUCAGGAACAUGAGGGUGCGCACAGUGAAAGGUCAGGAUUACAUCUGUCGAUCAGGAGCUAAAUUUCAUGGGGCAAUGGAGCAGAAGUUUCUUUUAGUCGACUGCCACACAGCAAUUUAUGGCUCAUACAGCUUCUCUUGGUCAUUUGAGAAGAUCAAUCUGAGUAUGGUGCAGGUCAUCACAGGCCAUCUGGUGAAGUCAUAUGAUGAGGAGUUUCGAACGCUCUACGCCCGGUCGACUGUGCCAGCUGAACUGUGCCCCCCGGAGGGCUUGUUCCAAUGCAACGGGCCAAAUGGAGGGCAGAUUUUGGCAAAAUCUCAUUCUGUCCAGAAAAUUGAGCGGAGGGACCAGUUGAGGCACACUCUGGACACAGUCUAUCGGAAGACCUGUGAGAGGAAACUCGGUAUGAGAGACCUUGAAGAGAGGCUCUUUGAAGAGGAACCUAACAAGCUUGGACCCUUGAUUGAGAAUGGGUUCGGUGUUCAGAACCAGAUGUCCCAUUUUCAAUCUGCAGAUGCAAUGAACUUCUUGAAAAGGCACAGUUACGCAGGGGAGCGGGAUGGAAUGAUGCCUCAGGACCUCAGGCCCAGAGCGAGCAACUGGAAUAUCUCCAGAGAAACAGGAAACGUAACAAACAACUAUCCCAUGGACAAUUAUUUACAAGUGCCACAGAUGUACAGAGGUCAAAACAUGCGUCAGUCUUACAAUGGCAGUGACAAACAGGUUCUGUCUGUGCAGCAGAAUAUGACAACACUGGAGAAUACGUCCAAGUCAUUCAUGCGCACAUGGAGGAUCGAAUCUUACCUCAAAAACCCUGACGUCCCAUUUGGAGACUCCUGUGACUAUUUAGACCAGUAUGAACCACUGGACAAAGCUGGCUCAUUCAUGCAGGGAAGAAUGAGGUCUUCCCUUGUUUUCAGGUCCACCAUACCAGAGCAAAUGGAGCCAAACAGACACGUAAACAACAUUCCCACUAGUAUUAGCUCCUCAGCAGCACAAACCACGCCUUUGCACUACUCAUCAAUGCAGUGGAAUGCAACAGCAGCAGGUGAGAACAGAAUAAACUACGACGAGUUCAUGUUAAAGAGGCAAAGUUUGCAGAUUUUGGAUGACAAUUAUGAUGACACAAGCUAUGGUCCAGGGAGAAACUCUUACCAAUCUUUAUAUGCCAGCUUAGGCAGACCUAAAGGUAGACAGAUGAUCGCAAAUCCUGACAUCCUGACAGACAGUUGGUACAAAAGGCACAGCGUGGCAGAUCCAAGAUCAAACACUGAGUACACACAUGAAUCCACAGAGCACAUGUAUGGAGCUUUUGCAAGGCUGCAAGGAAAUAGAAGCACUGCGGGGAUCAGUGCACAGAAUGGCAGUUAUCGGUCAAAUCUGAAUGAAGAUCAAAGGUCUGUCUCUCAUUGUGAUGUCAAGAGCAUCACAAGCACAAAGAGCCCCACUACUCCCAAAUGGCAGGAGCCGCCAUCCAGGACCGUGUCUGCAGCAGUGUUGGAUGUGAAUAGCAAAGAUUUGACAUCUAAAUCCAACAGAACUGGCUCUCAGCAUUUUCUACAGAAGAGUUCCAAGAAAAUAAAAUCCUUAUUGAACAUACCGGAGAAAAAAGAAGAUUCAGCUGGAGCCAUGGAAACACUGAGUCUCAAUUCAGGUGGCAGCACAGACACUAUAACAGCUGAGGAUGAAGAGAAUACAUCGGAUGGAGGUGGGAAAUUUCACCAAAGCACAACCAACUCAGUCAUGUCCUCCUCAAAGCACCAGAGGACCUGGCAAGAAAACAACCAUUUACGCUCCUCACAGCCUCGAUUUACAACUGAGGAGCACCAACAUCCACCGCAGAGCUCUUCCCCCAAAACUACAGCACAGAAGAAAUCCACGAGUCUUGACAAAAGCGUGAGGCCCAGCCUUGACGCAGGCAGCUGGAGCAAAAAUCGAGGAGCUGAGAAUCGCCUGUACAGCCGAUUUGAGCCUUUCUGCUCAUUGGAAAAGAAGCACUCUCAGCGCACUGCACACAGCUUUGGAAACACGCGCUCUCAGGAAAAGACCAAAAUCCUUCCUAAAGGUGAGGCAGCUAUUGAACACAACCUCACCCGGGCUGCACGAGGACACCAUGAAAAUAAGCUGGAAAAAUUCUUUCAAAGAGUGGGAAAUCUCAUUCACAAGAACAAGUAGGGACAACUGUGUUACCGUAACACAUCGUCUACAUAGGUCAAUUUUUACAAAUGCACAAGUGACUGGUAAUGUUUACAUUUGUAUAUAGCUGGUCUUUGUUUGUGUUUAGUUUAGAAAAUGUUUUUAGCAAACAGUGUUUACAUUUUGACCUCUGCUUCUUUUGUUUGUACACUGAUGAAUACCACUGAGAGGAGAAUACAGUACAUUUUUUAUGAAUACAUGCUGCAGAUCUUUACACAACAGAAUCAUAAAAUGCCACUUUCAAGCUGUCUUUGUGUCUGUCCUCCACUGGCAUCAUCCCAGGUAAUAAAUUCAAAUGCCAUCCACAAAUGCUGUGGGUGCAUUAAAUUGUAGCUGUGUCAAAUGUCAAACAUAUGUCUGCAAGUGUAGGCAUGUACACAUACCAAUGUGCUGUUGUCUAUAAUCAGAGGAUUAUUCUGCCUGAAUAUUGUCAUCGUGCUAUGGUAAAUAUGUUACGUAUGCCAUCAGCAUACAAGCUACACUUGACAUGAUGAAAAACACACCAGUACAUCAUCACUUCCUUGUCAUCUAUAUGUCACACAGAGGUUUUAUGAAUGCUAUGGGGGUUGCAAUAAUUUUGUAAAAUAUACAGUGUGUUUCCAGAAUAAAUUUCUGUACCAUUUUUCA